ACCUUAUCUCCACAUCCAUCAUGGCAAAAGCCCUUCGCUUCACUCUUUUGUGGGCAUGGGCCCUUACCCUUCUUCACUUCACCCUGUUUGUGUGUGGCUCAGCCUUGCCCUCGUCUGCUGAUGCCCCCCUCAAAGCAGCCUUGGUGACCCUCGUCCAGGAAGAUGAUAUCAGUGCCACUCUCUUCAGUAUUCAACAGAUUGAGGACAAGUUCAACAACCGCCACUUGUACGACUGGGUUUUCUUUAGCGUCCAGGAUCUUCCAGAGAGGUUCAAGGAGCUCACUUCCAACGCUACCAAUGCUACUUGUAUCUUCGAGGUUAUUCCAGAGGAGAACUGGAACAUGCCUGGUUGGACUGAUCACUCCCAACUUUCGGACUCUCACGAAAUCAACUCUGACUGCAACCCAAAGACCUUUAAACCCCUCGCCGACAUCCGCCAGAUGAAACGAUGGAGCUCGGCCCCCUUUGCUAACGAGCGACGUCUCCGCAACUAUGAAUGGUUCUGGAGAGUAGAGCCAGGCGCAUCUUUGAGCCAGGACAUUCCUUUUGAUGUCUUCCGUUACAUGCGAGACAACGGUAUUGCUUAUGGCUUCAACCGAGCUGUCCUUGGCCAAGCCAACUUGUAUCAUCUCUCUCGCAUCAAGUCUUUCAUUGACAAGCACCCAGAGCUCCUUCACGAAGAAGCUGAUAUCACAUGGCUUAUUGAAAACGGCACAAGUCUCGCUAUUCAGUCAAGCUCAUCGGAUGACAGCUAUGAAGGAUUGAUAGACGAGGGCAGUGACAAACUGAGGUCACAGGAUGAGACGGCUCACGACAGAAAUACCAAGAAUGAAGGGAAGGGAGCAUCUUGGAUUGGUGGGUCCUUUGCGACUUGGCUAAGUGAAGUUUACAGCAACAGUCUUUAUCCAACGUUUGACAUUGGAUCCCUAGCUUUCUUCCGCAGCCCUCAUCACACUGCCUUCUUCCACCACCUCGACAGUGCGGGCGACUUUCAGUAUCGCCGAGUCGACAAUGUCCCGGUGCACAGCUUGAGCGCGAGUAUGUUCCUGCCUCGGGAGAGUGUCUGGAACUUUGGCACUAAGAAUAUGCAACUUCGCACCCAACUUAAUAUCCAGCCAACCGGAAUUGGAGCUAUUCCAGAUGGUGAUCAACGCAUCGUGGACUAUGAAAACACUGACUCAGGCAACAGUGUCAAGCACAAGAAUGAUGCUGAAGAGGAAAAGAAAUCGUUUCACGAAAACUGGGAGUCAAUGACACCGGACGUGAGCGAACAGUCCGAGAACCCGCACUUGAUAUCAGGCAAUACGUGGAUGGGGAAGGACGUGGCGGAUGAAGCUGAAGGAUGUAGUUUUUUUUGGUUUUGGGAGCAAGUUCUAGCUGGAUUUUCAGGAUUUGCAGGAUAUGGGUGGGAAACAGAUUUUAGUUGUUUGCAAGAUGAUUGA